CCGAUUGAACCAAAUCCGUUAACUUUAAACAAGUUUUCUGACAGUGGUUUGCCAAUUCAUAAAACGGAUUUUAGAUCCGGUGUUAAUGUGCUAGUUUUACAAUACAAUCAUGCUGUAAUAUAAACUAGGUCUGUUUUAAAGAUCUGAUGAAAUCCAAAUGGCGAGGAAUUCGUUAUUAAAUGUUUUCAUCUUUCUGUGUUUUCUCAAUUUUCUUCUGACGGAUUCUCAAAUAGUGACGCCAGAUUCAUGCAACGUAUCCCUGACGUCAUCGUUACGAGACGACCAGUUUACGGCGUCCUCUCAAUACUCGGACAGACAUAAUGCUACCGCCGCCAGAUUUAACAGCGUUGGUUGGAUAGCGUCCACUACUGGGACCCAGCAUCCCUACGAAUACUUGCAGGUGAAUUUUGACGCCACAAUGCAGCUGACGUCCCUGAAUUUCACAGGUGCUAAUACUGGAUGGUACCCAAGUUCUAUUAGGUUGUCGUACAGUGACGAUGGCCUAUUCUGGCGACCUUACACAGGGCGGCUGUCCACGGACAGUCUCGGGCAACUGCUACCUCGGACCGCGGCCGUCACCUCCGUCAACCUUGACCCGCCCAUACUGGCUCAGCGAUUGGCUAUAAACGUGGUGGAGAUGUACGGCUACGCUUCGCUGCGCAUGGAGUUGUUCGGUUGCCAGGCAACAAAUCAAGUCCCGCUCCGCGCCGGUACAGUCGUCAACCAGGAUAUCCAGGUUGACACGACAUGGAUCCCCAACCAGAACCCAUUCAUCAUUGACCGACACCUGAUCGUCCGACCAGGCGUCACUUUAACGCUCCAAGCUGGCGUCAACGUCGUCUUCAAAUCUGCAGAGGUCGGCAUUGACGUCUUCGGUACGCUAGUUACAGAGGGGCUGACGGGUUUGCGAACGGUGUUUACUUCUACCUUCCCCGUUAUUGCGCGGUCGUCCAUGUGGACGGGGUUGUCACAAAAAGCAGGGGGAAAAAUAACCCUACGUUAUUCGCUGGUCCGGCAGGCUAAACAUGGUAUUAGCGGCAACGGCAGCAGUGUAAGGCUGAUGAAUACUGAAGUGCAUUCAUGUAUCGCUGGUAUAAGACUGGCUGGUGGUGCUGGUAAAUCACCAGCACAACCGAUUUUGUUCGGCAUGAGUAUCCACACUAACGAAUACGGCAUACAGCUACAUGGCACCGUAGAAGCACCCACUGUCUACAUUGAAAACUCGAAGGUUGACCGCAACACCCGCAGCGGAAUAACAGUCUCAAAGUGGGCUGCAGUGGACCCUUCGGUGAUAAGUACCAAUUUUAUAAUGUCAAACUCAAGUGCCAACAAUAACUCCGACUAUGGACUACAUGAAACACUAUCACUUCCAAUUAAUAUCAGCGUUCAUGAAUCGUCCUUUAUCGGGAACGACGAUGGUGGUAUUUACUUUUACCAUUACUAUCCAUACACAUACACAGACGCAUAUAAGGUAGUACUUAAUGUGACUUCUUCCGUGUUUACCGACUCGGGGUAUGGCAUAUACUUCUACUGCUAUCGAUGCUACUUAUAUAAGUAUGCUCUAAAGAACAACACCUUUUCAAGGUUACAGCAAUCAGUCUACAUGUAUGCUGUUUACCUCUUCGACGGGCAGCACAGAGAAACUGCGGCCAUAGAUAAUAAUGUGUUUACAUUAAACAAAAAAGACUUGUAUAUCGACAAUUGGAAAGGGAAUGUGUCGGUAACUAGUAACUCAUUUGAAGAAUCAUCGGAGACUGUAAGAAUUCAAGAUUCGUCCGGAUUGGACACGUCCGCAGUUGCAGUGGUUGUUGGAAACACAUUUAAACAACUGACAUGGUCAUGGUCAUCAUUCGGUAUCUACAUUCAAAAUGUCCGAGGAAAAUUGCUGAACAACACAUUCUUUAACUGUUCUUCGAGCACCCUUGUAAAUCUUGCAAACAGGUAUGACCAUGAAGUGAGGUUCAACAGGUUUAUCAACACUUCCAGUGCGUCGUGUUACCUGCACAUAGACGAGAAGUACAACCACAGCAAUAUGCUUACUGCAGACCAGAAUUACUGGGACACUGCUGAUAACACGCGGGUAAAAUCAAAAGUCUGUGACUUCUUUCUGAACUCGGAGAAAUCGGUCAUUUCCAUAAACUCAAUUUAUAACGACGCAGAUCUAACGACUCUUGUUCAGACCCCGAAUCUGGACAGUUUUACAUACACUUGGGAUUCAGGCAUGAAUGCCUUUGUUGCUGGCGGUGUGAUAUCUUCUGUUGCUAGCAUUCCAACGCUUACUGACAUAGACGUGGUUGUAAAUAGAAGUGUUAUUGUUCUGCCUGGCGCUCAAAUCACCAUGACAGGAGUAGCAGUCAACUUCACAGACGACCGAGGAGUGAUCGUAAGAGGCAAUAUGAGGAUUGAAUCCAGCUCCAAAAGGAUAUCGGUAUUUCGGAGACAUUUAAACAACGAUUGGAACGGGAUCAAGCUCUUUGAUACCGAUUUCAUUGCAAGAAGUACAGAAUUCUCAGGCGCGGUCUCGGCCAUAACUAUUGGAGGAAAUGCUGCCUUUAUUUGUACGAAUUGCUCUACUGGCGUAGCACGGAUUACCAGAUUCAUCUACGCAUAUGAGCAUUACGGCUAUGCAAAUGUGUCUCUCAUACAGUGCAACUUGUCUGCCAUCACACACAUAAUUCAAAUGUCCACUGUAGCAUUGUCUUCUAUGAACGUUAACAUAAAUGAUAGCAUUCUGCAAAGUGGGCAGAAUGUGGUAAAUUUACAAGAUAGAUCGUCGGAUUCGACCGCUCGUGCUGUUAAACUAGCUAUACAGAAUAGCGAUUUGUCCUCAAGCGGAUAUGAUGCUAUUUUUAUACGGGGAUGUGCAUACGUUUUAAACUUUACAUUGAAAGAGUCUGUCGUUUCAGCUACCCGCUACAGUAAUAUAUUAUACAUAAAUGUGCCCUCAAUUGAUCUUGAAGCAAGCGGAAAUAAUUUUUUUGAUUUCUCCAAUGCUAUAUACAUCUAUUUAUGUCAAGCGCUUUCAGACAAGGACAUUCCUUCAAAUUCAACAAUCAACAACUUGAUUAAUAUUGAAGCAAAUACAUUCAACAGCACAUACCCGGGUAUCGACAUUUACCUUGACAGCUAUUACGGAUAUGAAAGAAACCAUACCUUUGAGAUAAGGAAUAACGUUGUAAAUCCAACAGUCCCUGUUCAGAGAAAAUUCUUACAGACUUACCUACAGUAUCAGUACGCCCAUACACUUUUGCUUACAUCAAACAGAAUCUCUAAGCUACUGGACACUGUUUUAGAUAUAAACACUUCAUUGAAGUGA